UUUUUUUGUUGUUCCAUAAUUUUGCUUUCUAAUUGUUGACAAUUUAAUCUCAAUUACUUUGAGAGAAACCAAUUGAUUUUAUUUUUAUUCUUCGUCUUAAUUUUGUUCCUGGUUAUCUGUUGGUUUGAUUUUCGUUUUGGAUGAUAAUCUGUUAAUUCUUGCAUGACGCAUGUUAGUCAAUUUUUUUAUUCUCUGUGAAUGUAAACAAAUCUGAUGAUUUCAAUCUUCUUUUUUUAUGGUUAAUAUUAUUAUUAUUUUGGAACUUUGAUUGUUUGGUUUUCGUCUCUUUACCUUUCGAUUAUAUUUUAUUAGCAAUUUAAUUUUCACUUGUUGGGGUUGAAUUGAAUCGAUUGUGAUUUUAUGUUUCGUUCAUUUGUUGGUCCAGAGAAUCAACAAUUUGUAUGAUUUUUCUGAUUUUUGAUCAGAUGGUUUUAAUUGAUGUUAUUGUUGAUUUAAUUCAGCUUGAUUGUUACCUUGUCCGGCUCUGUUUCAAUUAUCAAAGGUAAUCUUGAUCAUAAUAAGUGAUUUGAUUCGGGAUUCACAUUUACUGUCAAUAAUUGAUUGGAUAGAUUGUUAAUUAAUCUACACCAUAUCGAGAUUGAGAUAUGGCUUCGAUUGACAGAUUUCAAACCUUGGAAGGUCACACAUCGGAUGUUACAUGGGUUGACUUUAAUGGGAAUAAAAUUGUCGUCUCAUCAUCUAAUGACAAAUCCAUUAGAUUCUGGAAAUGUAAAGAUGAUGGAUAUUUCGAAGAGUGUACAGAAUCCCCAUUAAAAUCACCUUUAAAUGGUCACAAUUAUGGAGUAAAUUGUGUACGAUUUUCACCUUUCGGUACAAUUUUGGCCUCAGUUUCAACGGAUGGUUAUCUCAUCCUAUGGAAUUCACAGACUGGUGAUCAAGUUGUUCGGCUUCUUAAUCCAACCAAUUGUGCAAUAAGAGUUUGCUGUUUCUCACCUUCUUCAGCUAUCUUGGUGACCGCUGGUGAUGAUGAAAAGAUCUGCCUUUGGGAUAUUAGUACUCGAUCUUUGGUAAGAUCAUUAACCGGACAUGAAGCAAUGGUCACUACUUGUGCCUUUUCACCCGAUUCAGCUUACCUGAUUUCUGGUGCAACCUCAGGUGAAUUAAAAAUGUGGGAUGCACGUCAUGGUCAUGGUAAAUGUUUAUUAACUAUUUCGGAAGCUCAUGAUUUGGGUGUAGUCUCAUCUGAUUUCAAUCCUCAGUACGAGGUUAACGGUGAGUCCGUGGAAGCCACGAAUGGUCCAUUACAAAGCUACUAUCUGCUCGCUUCUUGUGGUAACGACGAUUUAGUUAAAUUGUGGCGUGUUAAGGGUGGAUCAAAAUGUUCAAUUGUCCUUUACCACAGUCUUUCAGGUCACAGUGGUAACGUUUAUUGUUGUCGUUUUUCAAACGAUGGUACACUUCUUGCAUCAGCUGCUGGAGACAAAACGAUAAUCAUUUGGUCUAUUGAGUCUGGGACUAUAAUUCGUCGUCUUGAAGGUCACAAUCGAUAUGUAACUUGUUGUGCUUUUUCUGCUAAUAAUAGUCUCUUGGCAACUGGAUCAAAUGAUAAAACUGUAAUCAUUUGGAAUCUGAGUGCUUAUCUUGAUACUCCAUCCACCGAUGAUAAUGAUGAAUCUCCUGAAACAACUUAUCCCAAUCGUAUAAGAGGUGCUUCUUUCAGUUUAGGUACCAAUGCCAACCUGGUUUCUCGUUGGUCAGUUGAACAAGUCAACCAGUGGCUUGAAACGCUCAAUCUAUCUCAGUAUAGUGAAGUUUUUAAGACUAACGAAAUUGACGGAACUGAACUUCUUCACCUUUCGCAUGAUGUCCUGUUGACAAUGUUGAAAAUUACAACUUUGGGUCAUCGAAAUAAAAUCUUGCGAGGAGUCCAAGCCUUACGAAAUCCUUUAUGGCAACACUUUGCAAAUGAAGACGAUAUAUCAAUGCCUGAUGAAUUAUUCUGUCCAAUAACUCAUGAACUAAUGAAAGAUCCUGUUGUAGCUUCAGAUGGUUACACUUAUGAAAGAACCGCGAUCACUGAAUGGGUGGAAAAUGGUAACAAUACAAGUCCAAUGACCAAUGAUCCUUUCACUGAUGACCGUUUGAUUCCUAAUCGGACUUUAAAACUUUUGGCCAAAAGAUAUCAAUUACCUUGAGUGUUUAAUUGUCUCCAAUCAGCUGAUUGAAAAAAUGUUUAAUUUUUAAAACAUUACAAUCCCUUUAUCAACAAAUCAACACGCGAAUAACUAUUUUAAAAUUUUAAUUAACCGUUUUAAAUAUCUCUAAGAGCCGCAAUAUAACAAGAUCUGUGAUCAAUUGUAUCAAUUUUAAAUUAACUAACCCACAAAAGACACAGUCAAAGUCCAACUACAAUUACCAAUCAUGCUUCAAAAAUGCCAUUAAUUAAGGUUGAAAAAUUAUUUUCACAAUUAAUCCAUUCCUUAAACUAUUCAUAUCUUUCUCUGCUAAUUGUUCCUACUAAACAAUAUAAAAACAAACCUAUCAAUUGUUAAUCAAAUUCAUUAAUAAUUUAAUUGUGCAAUGUUUUUUUUUUUUGAUGAAAACAAUCAUCAAAUUAAAAUAAUAUUUUAUUUUAAUUGUAAAAAUUUAUCUCUUUUUUUAUCCAUCAAUUGAAUAUAUUGAUCAAUGUAUCUGAAGAAAUUAUCAUAAAUGGAUAUUGAAGGUUAUCAGCAUUAGAUGACCUUCGAAGGUCGAAUGGACAUUUGGACACGAGGGUUCGAAAGUUUAAUUGUUGAGCUGUAAUUUAUUUUUCCAAUAUUAAUAGUAACAGUAAUUGUAACAAUUUUUUUCUCAAGAAAGUUAAAUGAUAAAAAAAAAGUUACCUAAUGGUUAUUGAAUAAAUUACUCAUGUUAAUUCAAAUCA